CUUCCCAGCCUCGCUUUCCGGCUGGGGGAGCAGAGGAGCGCGGACAGGGCGCACAAGGGGGUCAGCGGGCGCACGGAGGAUGUCACAUGCAAUAUGCUGCAUUCGUGUUUUCUGAAGCCCAAGAAAGCCAAGUUAUCGCCUUUGAUCGAUUAUGCUCGCGGGGAGCGCCCGGUCCGUGCGGAAGCAGAAGGAAGCGACCAGGGUUGACGCUGCGCCUCCCAAAAUCUCCGAGCCGAAUCCCAGUGAGACCGUGGCACUUCCCUGCGUGCAUGAGUUGUAAGGGUGUGAGUGAGAGUGUGUGAGAGCAAGUGAGCGCCAGCGCUCCCACAUGGCCUCCAUGCAGGACGGGCUGAACUUCACGGCUCCUCCCUACGGCAAGGUCCUGCUGCUGGGUGCUAUCGCUGCUGCCUCAGCCUUUGUUGUCACGAUCCUCAUCGUGGUGCUCUGCGUGGGCUGCCAGAGGAAGGGGAAGACACACAAUGUUCCCGGCGAGGGUGGAAAACACCGUCUCAUGGACAUGGGUAUACUCAGGCAGUCGAAGCUGCGGUCCAUCAGUAAAUCAGACACUGAGAUGAACAAGAUGAACUGCAAUGGCAAAAGCAGGCAGCUUCCCCAGAUCCCGUCUGGGACUGGAGAGGACGGAGAGCACACUUACUCAGAAGUGGGCCGACGCUCCUCCACCACACGUACUGACGAUGCCCUCUACGCCAUGGUAGGCAGGGCCGGGCAGACGGACACUCCGGCCCCUCCGGCCGUCCCUGCCAACACCCCGGCUCCCCCGGACCCAGAUGGGGAUGUGGAAGGAGGGCUGCCCGAACCAGAGGCCCAGGUCAUGAGCCCCCCUCACCCUCCGGAGACGGCCGAGUACGCCUGUGUCAGGAAGCUGAGGAAGGCCGACAAGGCGCCCCAAAAGAGGGACAGCGGGACGGAUAUGGGGGAGCCUCCGGCGCCGCCUCCACGACACGCCCCGCCGUCGCACCCCGCCCCUCCUCCACCACACCCUCACAGCACAAAGUUGCCCCGUAGAAACGUGGAUGCCUUCAACGUCCCAUCAUUCCCAAAGGAAGUGAUGUUUAUGGGCAAUGGGGAGCAGUACAUCUGGAAGCCUCCUGAGGAUGAGGAGAUGCUCAUGCACCAAAAUAAAGCCCCAGGACCGUUGGGUGCUCACACAGUGGAGAACAUACAGCCGCCUGCUGCUGUGGUGGCCGAGAUGUACUCGAAGGUGUGUAAACCUGCAAAGAAGAAGAGAGCUGUGCCUGGGUCUCCUCCAGCCAAUCCUGGAUUCCGGACCUUGGGUCGUGGUGACCGGGACCGAGAUCGGGAUGGGGGGUUUAGCGUAGUGGUCAAACCCCAGACGUGGGCCCUUCAGGAGGGCAAAGCAGUUGGAGGGCCCCUUGACGACCACUGCUAUGAGUCCAUCGGGACGGAGGAGUGCGAUCUGGCCUAUGAGAACCUGGAAGGUGGAGGCGCCUGGAAGCGAGAGAGGCCCCCCAACACGUGUGCCACCCUGCGGCCGAGGAGGAAGAAAGCCCAGCAGCCCUUGCAGCAGCAGCAGCCCCCUCCGCCGCCGCCCACGCAGCAGACCCCCAAGUUACAGCACCUGCCCGCCAAAGCCCUGCUGCUGCCGGGGGAGAACCUGUACGAGAGCAUCGGCGACCUGAAGCAGGGCUCCGCCACCUCCAGCACCACCACCAUCUUCACUUUCAACGACGGCAUGGAGAUGUAUGUAACAGGGCUCUGAGGCGGCGGCUGCACUGUGACCCCUAUCCUUCCAACACAAGGAGCUGAGCUAACACCACAAGGAGUGACGGCUGAGCCCCUGUCAUGCUCACCCACACAUACUGUUUACAUUCAAGUCAUAACAUCAUGCCUUUCACAGGUCCGGAGGCCUUGGGGCAAUAAUGUUGACCUGUUAUGACCUGGGCUGAAUGCAAAGUCCAAUCUAUAAACCUUAUAAGGAAUCCAAAGGUAGUGAAUAAUAAAUGAGCACAAGACCGUUGCAGAGCAAUCUGUAGGUAACAGUAGCACUUCUAUUUUACUGAUACAUAUGUGCAAAGCACAAUAAAGUAAGAAGCCUAAAUUCUUCCUCAAUUCUCGCGGGUUUACCUGGUCCUAGCAGGACUUGUAUUUGGGGAACAGGCACAGCAUUGUGUGAAAUCUUUUGGUAGCACUUAGUCUGUCAUGAACAGGCCUUCCCUGUAGUUGGUCAAGAUGUGAUUCAGGACAGAAUUGAAAUGAUAGAAAGGAAUUACUAAUCAAAAUACUUGAAAGCUCAGGGACCAAGAGAAUCAAUUAUGAGAGUAUUAUAACAAAAAUUGCACACAUUUUGCAUUCCUCCUAAAAGCUUCGACUAAUUUAGAGCAUUCUCAUAUUUAAAAACCGACCGGAUACUUCCCUCCGUCAUGUUUUGUUUCAUCUUACAUGGACUGAACACUGUCUCCACUGCCGUCUGUAAAUGAAGUGUUUUACUUUGUUGAUCCUGUUUCUGCACUUUGCCUGCUACAAGUUGCAUGCUAAAAAAAGUGAAAAAAAAAGACAAAAAAUCAAGCACUGUCAUGUGGUACCUCUAUAUGAAUGUUUUCUUUUCUAUUGUCGUUGGUUGUUUAUUUAUUUUUAGUGUGUUGCUUUAUUUCUCUGUAGAGCACAAAGCCAGAUAGAUUGAGGAUGUCUUUGGCUCAGUGGGACUCUGUGCAGCAGAGGGGAGAGUUAAUUUCUCUCAUCCUCGGCCUGCCACACACACAGUACAGAUGAAUCAACGCUGAAGAGAACUGCUCGAGUCCUGAAGGUGGAGACAGUCCACUCAACCCCACCCUCCCCCCCACGCCCCCCUCUGUGCUCAGUCCUCACUCAUAUCUGUGGAGCGUUCAUCUACAAUAGUCCCUGCCUUGUGGUCAUAUGAAUCUGCUUGGGUUUCACCAUAGUGCAGCUUGGAAAGCUACAGUAGAACUGAUGUGUAUUAGCAAACGUCAUGUCUCAUCGUCACUCCAUCGAUGAACACUCUCUCUGUUAUCAGUGUUAAAAAUAUUGCAGAAAUGACAAAAAUGUGAAGCAAACGGUUCGCUACGCAGCAGAGCAUCACCCUGAGGGUAACACACUCAAAAUUGCAUCUGAAUCCCGGACAGUAACGAUGAUUUCAUUUGACCAAAUAUCCCCAGCAAACAAUGUGAUUAUACUGUAUGUUGAUGCAAUGUGUAUGUACAUUACAAAAGAGAAAGAAUAAUAAAUAUAUCAUCAGUGUCAAGAAAUCUAUCUUUUUCUAUUAUGUUUAAUUGUGUUUUGGAAUGACUUAUCUUGUGACACAAACUGCAAAACAGCUGCAAUGUAAAUUUCAGUGUAUUCUGUUUGUUGUUUUUGAAGCCAUGAAGCUACGGUGUGUUCUUGGAAAGCCCAGCUAAGUUAAAUGUGGCAGCUAAUGUUGUGUGUUUGCUAUUCAGACUACAGGGUCUUGUACUCAGAAGCGUGUAAUUAAGUGCUAAGUGCAAAAGAUUGUAAUGUUUUAUAUCAAGAUUACUAUUCAUGAA